GCGUCGGGACUCGCGAUCGCGAGCGCAUCGCGAAUCAGAUUCGCGUAGGCGACGACCCUCUGAUCUCGAGUCGCCUCGACCCAUGCACCACCGGAGAACCAGCAGCCAUACCAAGCCUGAGCCGGAGCCCUAUGUUUCUCGGAUCGCAUCCCCCAUUCCUCGAAUCACAUCGCCUGACGACUAUGAGCCUAUGAUGGGCGCCUCCGACCUGGGCCGCAAGAAGAGUCUGAUCCGUCCCGAGCGCACCAAGGUUGACAGAGACCAUCCGCAAUACCAUUACCGCAAGCACGCUCAGAACAUGUCAGUCAUGCCCUCGACUACCGGUCACGACCCAAUGUUGGAAGAAGCAGAGGCAGAGGCCGCUACUCUCAGUUCCGAUGACAUCGAAUUGAAGCAGCUCAGUCAGAAAGGUCGUUCCGCCGAUAUGGCCGUAGGAAGAAGCGGAAGCCGCAAAUUGCACCGCAAGCCUACUCUCGAGACUGCCGAAGAGAAGAAAAAGAGACAAAAGCAAGCCGGUGCCAGCCCGCCCACGCUCUGGGGCACUUACUGUCAUCUAGUCACUUUCUGGUGUCCGAAUCCUGUUCUCAAAUGCUUCGGCAUGCCUGAAAAGGCCCAACAGCAGGCCUGGAGGGAGAAAAUGGGCUUGAUCAGCAUCAUUCUUAUGAUCGCUGCAUUUGUUGGCUUUAUUACCUUCGGUUUCACUGCUACUGUUUGCCCUUCCGGCUCGUCUUCACGCUUCCGUGUUAACAAGGUCGAUUCCGGCUACAUGAUCUUUCAUGGUAAGGCUUACGACCUGACAAGAUCGCAACACCCACAGGCUAGAGGUAUACUGCGAAACCAAAAUGUUCUUUGGGAUCUCGAUGUACCAUAUGGAGGCAAGGACGGCAGCUUCAUGUUCCAGAAUGUCAACGGAGCUUGCAAGGGGCUCAUCACCGCUGCCAAGGGCUCCGAUGUCAAAACUGACAGCGACGGCAACCUAGCAUGGUAUUUCCCGUGCAACGCCUUCAACCAGGACGGAUCUAGUGAACCAAACUUGACCAUUCCCUACUAUCUCGGCUAUGCUUGCCACACUUCGAAGCUUGCCCGCACAAAUUUCUACGACCUCAAGUCUGGAGGCGACGUCUACUUUACUUGGGACGAUAUCAAGAACUCAAGCCGCAACCUCAUGGUCUAUGGUGGCGACGUUCUUGAUCUUAACCUCCUUCGAUGGUUCAACACUUCCCAAGUCUCAUANCCCUCUCGAUUCGAUGACAUUCGUGAAAACGCCAAUGUCAGAGGCACUGAUAUGAGUCUAGCCUUUUCUUCAGGCCAGGACAAGAAGAUCGCAAAGUGCUUCCAGGAAAUCAUCAAAGUUGGAUCAAUUGACACGGAAACCGUUGGCUGUAUCGCCUCCAAGAUUGUCCUUUACGUUGCACUUGUCUUCAUUCUGUCGAUUGUCGUCGCCAAGUUCGUGCUUGCUCUCGCUUUCCAAUGGUUCCUUUGCCGCAAGUACGCCGCCGACAAGACUGCCUUCAGCGGCGAUGAGAAGAAGAGGAAACAGCAGAUUGAGGAAUGGGCUGACGAUAUCUAUCGUCCAGCUCCCAAAAUCGCCGACUCUGUCGCUAACAGCAGUGAGCGUGCCAACAAGAGAGGUAGUUUCCUUCCCACCACUUCCAGGUUCACCAGUCCUUAUGCCAUUGAACGGUCCAUGGCGCGUUCACGUCCAGCAUAUACCACAAUGGCCAGCCAAAGCUCAACCGCGCGUUUAAUUCCUGUUGCAAGUGUGUAUGGUCAAGGCAACCGUAGCGAGAACACGUUGCAAGAGAGCCGCGCAAGUCUCAUGGUUCCCAACAGCAGUGAGAAGAGGUACUCCAGCGUUAUGGAAUCGGAUGGACCUGGUCCUCACGGCUUCAUCCACGAAGCUGUUGUGCCUCAGCCUCCUCCUGAGUGGCAGCCGUUUGGAUUCCCUCUCGCACAUGCUAUUUGCUUGGUCACUGCUUACUCCGAAGGGCCCGAAGGAAUGCGUACCACUCUUGAUUCCGUCGCCACAACCGAAUACCCAAACAGCCACAAGCUGAUCCUUGUCAUUUGCGACGGUAUCAUCAAGGGUCAUGGUGAGACCAUGACUACCCCUGAAGUCGCGCUGAGCAUGAUGAAGGAACACACCAUUCUUCCUGAUGAAGUCAAGCCUUAUUCGUAUGUCGCCGUGGCUAGUGGAUCCAAACGACACAACAUGGCCAAGAUCUAUUCUGGGUUCUACGACUAUGGCGAGGACUCCAUCAUCCCCAUCGAAAAGCAGGAACGCGUGCCCAUGGUGAUUAUCGUCAAGUGCGGUACUCCCGAGGAAGCGACUCAAUCGAAGCCUGGUAACCGUGGUAAACGUGACAGUCAAAUCAUCCUCAUGUCUUUCUUGCAAAAGGUCAUGUUUGACGAGCGUAUGACUGAGCUUGAAUAUGAGUUUUUCAAUGGUGUCUGGAAGAUCACUGGCAUUUCCCCCGACUUUUAUGAGAUUGUACUCAUGGUUGAUGCCGAUACCAAGGUCUUCCCUGACAGUCUGACCCAUAUGAUCAGUGCCAUGGUGAAGGAUCCCGAAAUCAUGGGUCUGUGUGGCGAAACAAAGAUCGCCAACAAGAGGGCCAGUUGGGUGUCGAUGAUUCAAUCUGUUUUCGGUGGUGUCACUUGUCUUCCCGGAUGUUUCUGCAUGUACAGAAUCAAGGCACCAAAGGGCGACCAAAACUAUUGGGUGCCAAUCUUGGCCAAUCCCGACAUCGUGGAGCAUUAUUCUGAAAACGUCGUCGACACCUUGCACAAGAAAAAUUUGCUCCUUCUCGGUGAAGAUCGUUACCUCUCGACUUUGAUGCUGAGGACUUUCCCCAAGCGAAAGCAGGUCUUCAUCCCGCAAGCUGUGUGCAAGACUACUGUACCCGACGAAUUCAAGGUUCUUCUCUCCCAAAGAAGAAGAUGGAUCAACAGUACGGUCCACAAUCUCAUGGAGUUGGUACUGGUUCGUGAUCUCUGUGGAACCUUCUGCUUCAGUAUGCAGUUUGUUGUCUUUGUCGAACUGGUCGGUACACUCGUGCUUCCGGCUGCCAUCGCUUUCACCUUUUAUGUUGUCGCUAUUGCCAUCAAGGCUGCCAUUGAACAUACGACUAUCCCAGUCAUGUCGCUGGUGCUCUUGGCGCUCAUCCUUGGUCUCCCUGGUGUUCUUAUUGUCUUGACCGCCCAUCGCGUUUCUUAUGUUGCGUGGAUGCUCAUCUACCUCCUCUCCCUCCCAGUCUGGAACUUCAUCCUUCCAACUUACGCUUAUUGGAAGUUCGAUGACUUCUCUUGGGGUGACACUCGUAAGACGGCUGGUGAGCAGACCAAAGGAGGUCAUGACGAUGCCGAGGGCGAAUUUGACAGCAGCAAGAUUACGAUGAAGAGAUGGGCUGAUUUCGAGCAUGAGCGACGCAUGAAGUCUGGUGGUACCAACUACAACUCGUCAGCACAGGGAUCGUAUCCCUAUGAGUCUGGCUACGAAUAU